AUCUAGAUCGAUGGCUACAAUGGUGCGUUUCGUGUUGUGUGGAUAUUGGGCUGUUUGUAAUUUGACAGUUACUGUAUUCUUGUUGGCUUAUGCAAGUAAAAGCACUUUUAGCCACCUGCUGGUGUUCAGAGAACUUACUGAGUAUGGCAAACUGACGAUUUCUCCAUCGUCGACGUCAAGAAAAACAAACCAGAAUUUGCUAUUUAGACUGCCUAGAGUACCCAAACGGUGGUUUAGACAUUUCUAUGCCUCUGGAAUUGUUUAUUGUAUUGUCAUUUUGGGAGCACUGACGCGUGACAUAUGGCUAAACAAAGGCGGGGUCUCAACACAGGAAUGCACUAGACUCCUUGCCUUGAUGCUGCUGCUUGUUCAAGUGAUGAGGCGAUUUUUAGAAACAAGUUUUGUAAGUGUGUUUUCUGACUCAACCAUGAGCUUGGCGCACUAUGUACUGGGAAUUACAUUCUAUCUGAGCACAGCAUUGACUGUUGCAACAGGUUCUUGGAACACUGAUAAAGAAGUAACAAAGUUGUCUGCCAAAGACUAUUGCUUUCGAGAUUUAUGUUGGUAUCAAUUUGCUGGUGUGGUAUUGUUCAUUUGGGCCAGUUAUCAUCAGUAUAAAACAGCUUGUAUACUAGCCAAUCUUCGACGUGUGUCAAGCGAAAAACAUAAAUAUGCAAUACCUCAAGGUGAUUGGUUCCAGUAUGUCUCUUGUCCUCACUAUUUGCAAGAGAUUCUAAUCUAUUUGGGACUCCUUCUUGUACUUGGUGCUCGAGAUUGGAUGCAAUUUUGUCAACUAUUUUUUGUUGUCACCAACCAAACGCUAUGUGCUAUUCAGUCUCAUCAUUGGUAUGCCAAUGUCAUGAGUCGUUUACCUGCUAAAUAUUGCAUCAUUCCAUGGUUACUUUGAAAGAUGAGUCACAGUGGUUUUAAAAUUAUUGUGUUAUUGUAGCUAACUUGUAUGAGUGCAGGGAAACUUCUAUUGUAGUUGUAUCUAUAAUUCUGUAAAAUCGUUUAUAAUUAUUGGUUAAUGCUACUCUGUAUAAGAGACCAAUAUUGAUAUUGAUGGAAAUAGACAACAUUCU